UAAAUCACCACCUCAUUUACUGCUGGUCAAACCUCUGGGUGAAGCACAGCUGUAUCAGACGCAGUGAUGGUGAAGACGGCGACUGCUGUACUGUCGGCACUGCUGCUGUGUGUGGGGGGCGCACUGGCGCAGGACUUCAUGUCGCCGAACGUGAACAUUAUGGAAGAACUGGGGAAACUGAAGAACAUGGAAGAACGACUGAGAACCUUGGAAGAAACUGUGCAGAACCAGAGGGUCUUGGUGGAGCAACUGCAGAAGGAGAAUGGAGCCCUGAAGACAACGGUGGAAACGAUGCAGGCUAAACUGGAAUCACUGGAGAGCAGUAAACCAGUCAGGCAUUGUGGAGAUUUACCCAUUAUUGAACACGGAGAUGUUACGGAGGCUCCAGAUGGGCUGGCAUUAACAGUGAGGUGCGCUUAUCUUCACAAACUUAACGGACCAGCAGAAGUAAAGUGUGUUGACAGGAAAUGGACACAGCUGCCUGCUUGUAAAGCUCCAUGUAAACUGGAUCAGUCAAAGUUUCAUUAUUCUCAAAGAGAGUACAUGCUGCACGGAGAAGAGGAAGGGCUUUUUUGUACUGCCUUUGCCAGAGUACAGGUCAAAUGUGACAACGGAAGAGCGCUCUAUAGAGGAUGUGGUGAUAAAGACUGGUGAGAUGUGUGUGAACGUCUUCCUGCUGCAGCUUUUACUGAAACACACAAAACUGCAGAGCGACUGGAACGACCUGUAACUGCUGUACCUUUAAGCGUUACUGUAACGUUUCUCAGAACGUCUGAUUAAAAAUAGAUCCUGAAUAAACAACUGUGGACAACUGUG